UUAUAGAACGUAAUGGUAUGAUCUUUUGUUGCAAUCUUGGAAACUAUUUGUGCUGUGUCCUUGGCAUCCUUGAGAAAGAUCUUGAUAAUCUUCUAGCGAACUAGAUUUUGUUUUAUCCUUUUUUCCCAAUUUAGCUUUAAGGAAUAAUUAGCAUGAGUAUGGGCGUUAGUACAGAUAUACUAGCAUAUGUUCGUGAGCGUUGAUUAGAUAAGUUUGCAAGUCUCUUUUGCAUAUCUUUAUUUUUAAUAUACAAAACUGAUGCAAGGGAAAAUACCGAGUGAAAAUUGUUGACAGUUACUUUAGAAGAGUUUUAUAAUGGACAUGGUUCUUUGGGCUUGUUGAAAAUCAAUUCCUAUUGUCCACUGAGUAAGACUGAUGGUACCAUAAACUGAAAAGGUAUUAAGGCAGCUGUACUUAAUAUUAGAUUAGAAUAGCAAUGAGUUUUGGGUUAUUGAAAAUUAUAUUACACAUGAACAUUAAUGGAUGAAUCAGGACUAGAGGCCAAGUGCUUUGGAAUUGCUUUGUAUAUAUUUGAAAGGUGGCCCUUUUAUUCGAAAUCAUGCAUUACUACUUAAGCGUAAGAUUUGUGUACAUACAUAAAAUUACAAUUGCAAAACAAAAACAUAAAAUUACAAUUGCAAAACAAAAAAUUUCAGAAGGCUGACAUCAAGUUGUCUUUCUGCCAAUAGCAACUGAAUUAUAUAAAAGCAUCCUCUUUGAGUGAUCAAUUGUCCCUAGAAAGCCUCUUCAUAUGCGAAUUUUCUGUCAUACAGUGCCUUUCUCUGGUAAUGGAGUGUUUGUAUUCUCUUUCUCUCUCUCUUUUCUUAUUAUAUGUGGUGAUUUUAUAAGCACUAUCUGUGAUUUUCACAAACUUUUAUCCAUAUUGCACUAAUAUCUUAAAUUUUUUUACUUCUUCUUCUGUUUUUGUAUCUCCAAAAAAUUCCCAAUUGUUUCGAACUUUCUCUUGCUUUUUAGAAUGGAUAUUUACGGGAUCCCGGAUCAAACCUUAUUUCAUGACACGGUUGAUGAAAGUGAUGAUGAAGUGGGUGAACAUUAUGAGGCUAGAGCAUCAACAAAGAAAGAUAGGAAACGGCAAGAGCGAGAAGCUCAAAGACAGGCUGAAGAAGCUACACGUGAAUCAAGGCAGACCAAACAAGACCGUUAUGCAGAAAUGCGGAGGAGGAAGGAUGAAGAGCAUGAGGCACGGGAGCGUAUGCUGGAAGAAGAAGCCAAGGCUCAAAAGGCCAAAGAGGAGGAAGCAGCUGCAUUAGAGUUUGAGAAAUGGAAAGGGGAGUUUUCAGUUGAUGCUGAAGGAACGACAGAAAAUGAAGUGCAAGAUGGAAAUCAAGAUUUGCUAUCCGAGUUUGUGGAAUACAUAAAGAGACAAAAAUGCAUUCCCUUGGAAGAUCUUGCUGCAGAAUUCAAGCUGAGGACUCAGGAAUGUAUUAAUCGGAUAACCUCCCUGGAAAAUAUGGGGAGACUUUCAGGUGUAAUGGAUGAUAGAGGAAAAUAUAUAUACAUCUCACAGGAAGAGAUGAAAGCUGUUGCUGACUAUAUCAAGCGUCAAGGGAGGGUUAGCAUAUCACAUCUAGCCAGCAAGUCCAACCAGUUCAUAGAUUUGGAGCCAAAAAUACAGUUCGUGGAAGAAAUUAGCAAUAUGGAGGAGAUAACUGCCACUUGACCUUGAUCCUUGAUCCUUGAUCAUGUGUAUCAGCAAAAAUUUUAACAUGGAGCAGGAUCUAGAUUACAGAUAAACAUUAGAUCUCAUGUACAUUUAGAGAAGAGACGGCCACGAAGAUCGCCAUAUAUAGGAAAAGAAUGUUACAGGAUAGUUUUGUGAUGAAUUUGGUUAUUCCUAAGAAAUUGUGGUGUUUAUUAUUCCUUUUGUUCAUCUAAAUGGAGUAGAGAACUAAGUUUGAAAA